GGAGGUGUAAAGUCAAUGUUAUCAGAGCUUCCAUCAAUCAUAUUAACUUGGCUGGAGAAGAUCCACCUACGAACAGACCUCAGGCCCUGGUUAUAAAGCAUAGGAGGAAUAAGAAGAUUACAUUAUCUGAGGUGAUGGAGCUGUUGACAAAAUAUUCUCCAUUUGAUGCAAUGCCUCUUGGAUCAAAUGCUAUGGUCAUCGCUAUACCAAGUCACUCAUUGGCCAGAAGCAGUUGCGAGAGUUUGCCAACGACAAAAAUUACUCAAUUUUUCGUUACAGCAUGUGGAAAGAAAGCAAAAUUAUCAGAAGCAUGA